AUGUCUCAAGUUUGGCGUCGAUCCACAUUUCUACGUAUGGGUUACAACGCUUUAAUGCGUAAAGCAUUAAAAAAAGAACAAGAAAUACGUGAUGAUAUGAUACGUUCAUUAAUGCCUAAUCAAGUUGCUCAAGAAGUAAUGCGUGAGGUGGGCAAUGAAAGCAACAUGGAACAUGAUGACACUAAUGAUGAUGAUGAUGUUGAUGGUGUUGAUGAUUGUCGACGUUCCAAAAAUAAACGUAAAACUAAUCAUGCAUCUACUAAACAACAAAUUCAUCGUGGAAAAUUGAACAAGAAAAAAUUACGCAAUCAAACCAAUCAAAUGAAUUUACGUGAAGAAGAGUAUAAAAGUAGUGGUCUUAGUUAUAUUGCUGAUGGUGAAGAUAGUGAAUAUGACAAUGAAGUGCAAGCUUUGAAAAAGGCGAAUUCUGGUAGUAAUUGUGAACAACAACAACAACAAUCUGUACAACAAGAUGAUUUAGAAAUGAAUUUUACUGGUCUCAAUAAUAGUCAACGAUGUAGUUUAAUCUCGAAAACAGCUGUUGUUGUACCUCCAGCACGUGCUGUUGCAUUUCGAAAAUUUCAUGUGAAUCAAUUAGAAAAUGUUAGUGUAUUAUUUGCUGAUAUUGUUGGUUUUACUAAAAUGAGCUCAAAUAAAUCUGCAUCACAUCUUGUCUACUUAUUGAAUGAUCUUUUUGGAAGAUUUGAUCGUUUAUGCGAAAUUAUUGGGUGUGAAAAAAUUGCCACUCUUGGUGAUUGUUAUUAUUGUGUCGCUGGUUGUCCAAAUCCAAUCGAUGAUCAUGCUGAACGAACAGUGGAAAUGGGUAGAGCAAUGUGUUUGGCUAUACAACAAUUUGAUGAAGAUCAUUCUGAGGAGGUAAAUAUGCGUGUCGGUGUACAUACUGGUAAAGUGAUCUGUGGUAUUGUCGGAACAAGACGUUUUAAAUUUGAUGUUUGGUCAAAUGAUGUUACAUUAGCUAAUGAAAUGGAGUCUAGUGGUGAAGCGGGCAAAGUACACAUCUCUGAGGCUACUUUAAGUUUUGUAAAAGAUAUAUAUGAAGUUUCUGAAGGAAAACCUGUUCAUGAUAUUCGAAAAUUCAAAGUAUUAGUUGAAUUUUUCAAUAAAGAAGAACAAUGUUUCGCUAUUAAACAUACACAAGAUGAAGCUAUGAUCAAAACUUAUUUUAUUGAAAAACGUUUAGAUGGUAAACCAGUUGUUAGUUUACCACCAAUACAACUAGAAGUUGAUCCAGUCCAAUCACAAAGUACCAAUAAUGUCUGUGAUAUUGAUACAACUAAUCAGUUGCAUACCACUCAAGGUAUCAGCACAAUUUUAUCCUCAACUCCAACAAUGGACACUCAUGACAACAAUGACAAAAGUGCUAAUCAUCAUGCUGAUGAUGACGAUGCGAUGACUACUGAAAAACUAAUCAAUACUCCCCAAUUGUCACAAUCGAUUUCAACCGCUCUCACGGAACAUCGUAUUUCGAUGGACGAUCAAAAUCUGACUAUACCACUUACCAAUACUACUACUACUACUACUCAUAUAAAUACCGAUACUACUGAUAUGAAUACUACGCCUGGUACAACUGCUACUGCUACCACUACUGUCACCACUCCUAAUUCAUUCAAUCUUAGUCGUGGUUCUGAUGUAGAAAUGUUACAAGCAUUGCAAGAUUUUGUUCAACCCGAUGAAAUAUUCAUUUUUCCACCAAUCUCUAAAUUGAGUUUAAAUUUUUUUGUACCAGCCGUAGAGAAAAGUUAUCGACAUUUAGGUUUACGACGUCCAAAACUACAUGCUAUUGAUAAGUUGUCUUGGUCUACACCACGUAUUGCACCAUUUAUUAAUACAAUUACAGAGACUAUAUUACUAUGUAUUAUAUCAAUGACAUGUUUAAUUGUAUUUCCAACUAGUCGAUUAAUGAAGCAAACACUGCUGAUGAAUACACCAAUGUUUUAUAUUAUUCUAUGUAUUGCUUUUCUAAUACAUGCUUUAUUAUUGACAUUGUUAAUUUCCGAUUUAUUUGCUUGGGCAUGGUGUCCUUCUUCUUCAUCUUCUUCUGGACAGAUUGACCAGAAAAAUGUCAAUGCCAGUAAUAAAUCCAAACAGAAAGUAUGCACCGCACGUCAUAAUAAUAAUAAUAAUAAUAAUUGGCGACGUGUAGUAAUUCGUUUAUAUGGGAAAUUAUUUCGUUGGAAUUCACGUAAUAUCAUUGGUGUAUUCAUUUUAAUAUUGCCAACAUUGAUUGUCCUGUCAUGUUAUUCUUAUUGUUUAUUUAGUAAUCAUAACAACAUGUUCAUGUUCAAUACAACCACAAAUCAACCGAUCGAUAAUAGCAUCAGUUCUUAUAAUGAUGAUCCUCAUGCUCCGCUAUUCUAUGCAACAUAUCGUACACAAAUUGGUUUAUUGUUUAGUUUUAUGUUUAUCAAUUGUACCUUGUAUACAUCAUUCUCAUCGUGGACAAAAACAUUUUCAGCAACAUUUGUUUGUUUACUUGGAAUUGUGCUAAUAUGUUUGCAUAAAACUCUAUUACAGUAUAAUACAUGUUCACCUGAAUAUGUUCAAUCAUGGUAUACAGUGAUAUUGAAUAGUUUUGAAAAUUUAAUAAAUCUUCAAGAGGAACAACGUCAAAGCCACAAUUCAUCAUCAUCAGCGUCGUCGUUAUUAUUCAUAGUCUCGUAUUAUCCUAGUUGGUUAAAUCCCGCCAUAUCGGAUAAUGUUAUCUAUGAAUACAUUGUAAUUGGUUUACUCACCCUAAUUCUAGUCGGUGCAUUAAAUCGUGAAUUUGAUAUAAAUUUUCGUUUAAGUUUUCAUCGUGAUUACGAAGCGUUACAAGCCAAAGAAGCAAUUGGUCAUCAAAAAUUACAAGCUGAUUGGUUAUUAGAAAAUAUUAUCCCCUAUUAUAUUAUGAAUGAUUUACGUCAACAUAAUAAAUACUCUCAGCAUAUUAAUGAUGCUGGUGUCAUAUUUGCAUGUAUAGCGAAUUUUGCUGAAUUCUAUGAUGAACAAUAUCAAGGCGGUCAAGAGAUGUUACGUGUAUUAAAUGAAAUAUUUGCUGAUUUUGAACAUCAGUUGACUUUAACAAAAUAUAAAGAUGUUGAAAAGAUUAAAACAAUCGGUGCAUGUUUUAUGGCAGCGUCUGGAUUGAAUAUGACUGAACGUCAGAGGAAUAAACGACCCGACGAACAUUUAUGGGCAUUGUUAGAUUUUGCAUUGGAUUUAAUUCAUACACUGGAUGAUUUUAAUCGUCAAAUGUUUAAUUUUCAAUUUGAAUUAAAAGUCGGUUAUAAUAUUGGUGAAGUGACAGCUGGUGUGAUUGGGACAACAAAAUUAUUAUAUGAUAUAUGGGGUGAUACAGUGAAUGUAGCUAGUCGUAUGUAUUCAACCGGUUUAAAAGGUCGAAUACAAGUGACGGAAGCUGUUGCGAAACGUUUGGAAUCACGUUAUGUAUUUGAAUAUCGUGAUGAAGUGUUUGUCAAAGGCAAAGGUAAUAUGAGAACGUAUUUAUUGGUUAAUCGUCGAAAUAGUUAGAUUAGUCUAUCUGUCUAACUACUACUGGUACUACUGUCUGGCUGGCUACUAAUGCCAAUCAUGAUCAUUUCAUGAAUUAUAUGAUCUUUACAGACUAUAUACUUUCAUUUCUCUGGUCAAUUGAUCUGUUAAAUAUAUAUAUAUAUGAAAAUUUUCCUGUUUAUGAAAUUUAUUUUAAAUGUCUUUUUUUCCGCCAUUAUUAUUAUUAUUAUU